ACUGUUUUGCUUUCGCUUUGGUGUGACGCAGACAUUUUUACUGAGGCAGAGCUGCGACGAUCCAAGCUGAUUUUGUUCCAAUUGUUCGAGAAACAUGAAGCUUUUUCUCGCUAUUGUGGUGUUUGUUGUUCUGGGCUCCAGCUCACUGGCAAAACUAUCUGAGCCCAAGGUUCAGGUGUACAGCUAUAGCCCCGGUGAGUUCGACAAAGAGAACAUCCUGAUCUGCCAUGUGAGUGGCUUCCACCCACCAGACAUCAGCAUCGAACUUCUGAAGAAUGAAGUUGAGAUCCCGGGUUCCAAGCAGACAGACCUGGCCUUUGAGCAGGGUUGGAAGUUCCACCUCACCAAGAGUGUAUCUUUCAAACCCCAAAAGAACGAGGAAUAUUCUUGCAGAGUCAGACAUGUGAACAACGUCAGGAAUUUCAUAUGGGAGGCAGAUAUGUGAGAAGUCUGAUUAUGUGCCAAAUUGAUGAUGACACGUAAGGCUGAAAAGAGUACACUGUUUCCUAUGUGUUGCACUGUCUUUGGAGCUUUGAGCCACUAUGAAAAGCAUGUAUGAAAUGAAAAACUGCCGUACCAAUGUAUUCACCAUGUAUCGAUCCAUGCAGUGAUUUCGACUUGGACUUGAACUUUACAGUCUUGCAACACAGCCUUUGUAUACAUUAUGCAGGGUAGGGAUGCAAGAUGAUAUCAUGUUAGUAUUGGCAGAAAAAAAACCCCAAAUAUCUUCAUCAGACAGAUGUUCAGAUUUGAGCAAGGUUUCAAACCGACAUAUAGGCCUUAUUUAUCAUACUUUUGUUGAAACUGGGCUCCUGCAGUAAUAUGUCUGCAUUAUACUCAUUUUACUACAACUACAACAAGAAAAAGAAAUGCAUAGAUAUUUAUGCAUAAUGCUAAACCAAGUAGUCUCAGUUUCUACAUUUUAGUUUAAACACAUUACACAUUAAUUUAAACAGUCAUAAGUACAAGUUUGGCUGCCCUGGUCACAUACUAAAUGUUGAAUACUUUGGGACUGGUCACGAAAAUAUUGGUAUCAGCAUCUGUACAUCAGAGUUUCCAUAUCAGUGCAUCCCUUAUGCCAAACGUAUCUAUUUUCUUUAUUGCUUUAUGUGGGGAAAAUCAGUCCUGUGCACUACACUUUGGAUUUGAUGUUGAUGUAACAGUACAAAUUUAGGUAUAAUUUUAGUAAUAUCAGGUAUGUGGGAGAUAUGUGGACAACAUGCUUAAGUGCUGAAAGUUAUUUGAGAUCCUUCAUAAAGUACAUAGGUGCACUAUACAUAAAAUAUGUAAUAUUUACUCCAGUGUUUAAAACAUGACCAAUAUACAUUGAAAAAGGAAUGUACAUUAGCUGAUACUGUACAUUAGUACAUGUUCGCAUUGGGUGGAGGGAGAGUGGAGACUAACUUCUUCUUUUGUUUCUUUAGUUUACUUUAGGUAUUGAACAGUGAAUUUGAGACUAGAUGACUUAACUACAGUACUGAGUGAUUAGCUUGAUUUGCGGUAAUUAGCUUGAAGUGGAACUGUAGCCUGCUAAAGAUAUUCUUGCGGACGAAUGUGCAUGAAUUGUUAGUGAACUGAAGAUCUGUAGAAAAUCUAAAAGGCAAUAUAAAGAUGUGUAGACUCAGGUUACAUUUAAAUGAGUCAAAAUUUGCAAUCAUUUGUAUUCACCUCAUCCUGUUUUGUUUGAUGUUGAAAUGUACAUGUCAAUAAUAACACUAGCUGUUGAUGUAAACUUUCUUUUAACUACACACUCAAAUUAUGCUCAGCACUUUAUAUCUGAUUAUGGUGGGAUUCUUGAUCAUAAUUUAACAUGCAUAAUUGUCAGUUUUGUUAAGGUAAAUAAGUCAUGUCACUAGUGAAAUGCAGUGAUGAGUGUCUUUGUACUAAAUCAACUGAUGUAUUAAGCACUUCAGAGCAAAUGCACCAAGUCUCUCAUUCACUGCUAAGUUAAAGUUGAAAAAAGAAAUUGUUAUUGAGGGAGAAAAACUGAUUUUUUUUUUGGUCAGAUAUGUUCCUAUGAUUUUAACUGUUGUGCUAAGAAUACUUUAUUGUUCAUGAUGUACUGGUAAAUAAAAGUGGUCUCUUGACUGUGAUGUUUAUUUUAUGUA